AUGGUGCCACUUUCUCUGGCAGCAGAUGCUGCACCACAUGCUGCUAGCAUGUGUUGCCAGAAAUCUACUCUCUCCGCAACAAAGGUGUGCGACAUCACACGGAGUAGGGAUGAGACCCUCCGUACAUCUCAGGCUACCAGUACUUCAUUGCUAGAGCUCAUGGGUGAGCAGGCUGAGCAUGUCACAAAUUCAGUACCACAAGGCACAGAAGGAUUGUCCACCACAGAAGCCUCCACAACUUCUGUAGCUGAUGCCACCCCUUCUUCUGAGGCACCACCUCGGCCUGCUGUUCCAUCUGCAUCUUCUAUUCCUCCGUCAGCCGCAGCAUCAGCUUCUGAGGAUCUCUUUGUCCUGAACAGAGCCAACUUCAAAGAGUUUGCAAUCAAGGCAGAGCGUGCUGAUCAGCAGGUGACCCGGAUAUUACAGCAGUUGGGUAGGUUCGUCCGGCAAGAUAUUGCACCAGAGUUGGAGCCUCUUCAGAAAGAUAUGGAGAGGCAUCAUGCUAGAGUCAAUUCCCGACAUGACAUUUUGGAGAUGCGGAUACUCACUAUUGAGAAGAAGAGUGAGUCUGGUACUUCGGGAGAUCUGAAGACCGAGCUUGCCCAGCUCCGAGCUGAGAUCGCGGCCCUUCGGACGAGAGAGCAGGUUAUUAUGGAUGACCCGACACCACCAGCACCAGUCGCCAGCAUUUCCGAUUUGAUCAGAGUAGUUGACUUGGAGGGUAUUCGGCGGUCACGCCUGGACAUGAGGUUCACCAGCGCUUCUUCCAGCACUAGUGCUAUCCCAGCGCCGGCCAGGCCAAUCAUGAUAGCUCCUCAGGACCUGCAGCCACAGAGCCAGUCAGCUCCACCACUUCAGUCCACCGAGCCAGCAGCAGAGCGGACUCCCAUUCAGACUGCUGCUGGGGAGGUACCUCAGCAGCAAAAGCGGGAUUAG